AGACAUCAAGGUUCACUUUCCUUUGUUCAGUACUAUCACCACGAAGCGUCACAUUGGGCUUCUCUGUUGGCUAUCAGAUUGUGCACAUAUACCCCUGUUCCCCAUUUUUAGGUGGGCACUCUUUCGGCAUCUCACUCGGCUUUACAUUCGGUAUCCCCUGGCUCGCCUGAUGGUAGUCAGUUUAGUUUUCUCUUCUUAGACAUGUACAUACUUUUGGAGUGGCGACUUUGCAUUAUGGAGAAUCUCCGGUUCGGGCAAGGAUGAAGGAGGUUAGAUGGCAGGGAUUAGAUGCAAGCAAGUAGGUAGCGUUCGCGGCAACGCCGUUGCAUGGCCGUUGUGUAUACCAAAGAUCGGCAUGAGAUAUUUUUGUCGGAUAGUCACAACCCCGUGUUUAGUGCCCUUGGCAGUUGAUCACUUACGUCUUUCCCUAUCCAGUAAUAACCUGACUCUAGCAGAUAUUACCCAUUCGAAUGACAUGUCACAUACAUCAGUCUUAUUUUCUUUUCCUGCAUCUUGUAUUUCUGGAUUAGCUGUGCAUCAUGCAAGGGGCGGUGAGAUGAGGCCUUGCGGCGAGCAUCUUGGUCCUUCGGAUGAUCUGCUCGGGAUGUGGAGGUAUUUAGCCAGUCAGGUUUAUGCACCGGGAUAUCGUAAAGGACUGUGUACUGUUUUCUUCUUCUGUUUUUCGGAGCCGAACGAGGAUGCUUGGAGUGAGAAAGGGGUUUCAUGCGGACUUGGGCGUCUUGAACAAGAGCGGUGUGGAUGCUUGACUACUACUGCUAGUCAAAUGGUCUGGGUGUACGACUUGGGUUGAGAGUCGUGAGGAGAAGAGCUGAACGUGAACUACUCCUCUCCACUGUGUUGCGUCAGCAGCCAAACACUGGUCUUGGUAUUUUGAAGAAGACUAAAAGCCAUCGCAUGCUCUAUAGGAAGGUAUACAUCGCUGAGCAACACAUAAG